UUGGGGGAAAAAAGAUAUUUUUCAACGGAUUUUGCCGUGUCUUUAAAAAAAAGGCCUUGAGAAGUGUUGUAGUUCUCAGUUUCAGCAGCAGAGGGAAGCAUCACCACGUGACGGGUACACUGGCUCAACAUUAAAAUGAUGACGUAGUGCAGCCUUUUGUGUGUCUUGUGAGCUGUAGACACCGCCCCUCCAGAGGAAGCAGCGGGACCGUCGGGGCCAGAUAGGCUGUCGUUUAAUGGCUGUAAACAAAUCUUUGCUACAAUGACGCGAAACAACAAACUUCACGAGCGGUGGCUUUCUGCGCUCUCAGCGCCGCUGUUAGCCGUCACUAUGUUUGACCAGACACUGCGUUUGUAGUUCGUACAGCGGUGGAUUUUUACACCAGUAUCCAGACCUGUCAUUGCUUUGGCCGGUGAUUUCACUGUUGUUUUCUUGCCGCGGUUGUCACAAUGAUAGCCGAGUGAGUGGAGUCCGCCGACGGUGAGCAAAACCGCUGUGAUUUGGCUCGGACCCAGUAAAGGUUGAGAGACCGAAGAGGUCCGUGAACAUGGCAUCGGCCGCUGAGCACGACCUGACUCUGUCUGAGGCGGACGGCAACAGGGAGAAAGCUCAGGUGUUUGGCAUUCUGAGGCUGCAGGAGGAGAAAUGUGGUGACAAAGCUCACAGUAGAGGGGGAGCAGGUGGUGGUGGUGGUGGGGGAGGAGGAGGAGGUGAUGGCCGAUGGCAGGCUCCUAUCUUUGCUUUAGCCAGGAAAGCAUCAGAGACCAUUUCAGGGAGCAUUCAUGUCCUUCCCAAAGUGUCGGAGCACAGGACAUCACUGCCAGGAGAGUGGACCGUUCAAGCCCUGCGUGACCCCAUGUCCAUGGAGCGGGCCAACCUUCUCAACAUGGCCAAGCUGAGCAUCAAAGGUCUGAUCGAGUCGGCUCUGAGCUUCGGACGCACCCUGGACUCGGACUACCCACCUCUACAGCAGUUUUUCGUUGUCAUGGAGCACUGUCUCAAACAUGGUCUAAGAGUGAAGAAAUCCUUCCUGGGCUUUAACAAGUCUCUGUGGGGUCCUCUGGAAUUGGUGGAGAAACUCUGUCCUGAAGCAGCAGAGAUCUCAGCAUCCGUGCGCGACCUGCCAGGGCUGAAGACCCCUCUAGGAAGAGCCAGAGCGUGGCUGCGUCUUGCUCUGAUGCAGAAACGACUGGCUGACUAUCUGCGACUUCUUAUCACAAGAAAAGACCUGCUCAGUGAUUUCUAUGAGAAUUCCGCACUGAUGUUGGAGGAAGAGGGUGCGGUGAUCGUGGGCCUGCUGGUGGGACUGAAUGUAAUUGACGCUAACCUCUGUGUGAAAGGAGAGGACCUGGACACUCAGGUGGGGGUGAUUGAUUUCUCCAUGUACUUGAAAAACGACAUCGACGACUACAGGAGUGAAGAGAGGAACAGCCAAAUAGCAUCCAUUUUGGACCAGAAGAACUACGUAGAGGAGCUGAAUCGACAGUUGAACUCCACAGUCCAUGGUCUCCAGGGCCGAGUCGACUCUUUGGAAAAAUCCAACUCAAAACUCAUAGAAGAGUUAGCCAUAGCCAAGAACAACAUCAUUAAACUGCAGGAGGAGAACCAGCAGCUGAGGAGUGAAAACAGCCUCAUUCUGCUUAAAGCACAGCAACAUUUGGAGGUUGCCCAAGGUGAUGUGUCGGUGGAGAGAGACACGUACAAACAGUCACGCCAGGGUCUGGAUGAGAUGUACAACGAGGCUCGGCGGCAGCUGAAGGAGGAGUGUCAGCUCCGACAGGACGUGGAGAACGAGUUGGUCGUACAGGUGUCGAUGAAACAGGAAAUGGAGCUGGCCAUGAAACUCUUGGAAAAAGAUAUUCACGAAAAACAGGACACUCUGAUUGGCCUGAGACAACAGCUGGAUGACGUCAAAGCCAUCAACGUGGAAAUGUACCAGAAGAUGCAGUCGUCUGAUGACGAGAUGAAAAAGAAGAACGAUGUUAUCACUCGCCUGGAGGAGAAGACCAAUCAGAUCACUGCCACCAUGAAGCAGCUGGAGCAAAGUGAUAAGGACCUGCUAAGUCAGACCAGAACUCUUGCUUUGUCAUUUGUUAAGUGUGCCAGCACAGACACAGAGCACCAGUACAAACUAGUGAAGGACAUCUCCUUCUGAGGAAUCACACACGUGAACAUUUAUGGUUGGACUAAACCCAAAGGAACUCCUGCUCCUGUUUCUGUGUGAUGUUGAGAUGGUUUUUGGCGUUAAUGGAGCCACAGAUGUAAAUGUAACUGGAAGGUUUGGUUUUGUCCUUUAUUUACUAAUGAUUAUGUUUAUCAGCAGUGUGCCGAGACCGCAAUGUGAUGGGCGAUCUGCAUUUUAGCACCAUGUGAACAAUUGGACAAAGUGUAUGUUUUUUGUGAUUGAAUAGCUUCAGUAGACGGGGUUGAUGGGCCAAUGUGAGAGUUCCAUACUAAUGUGUCCUGAUCGUGGGGUAGUCUCACCUCCAUAACUUCUCCCAUAAUAUGAAUAUUAAUCACACCCGUCUACUUCAAACAAAUGUUGCAUUUUAGGCUAGACUGUUGUAAAUCCACUGGGAUCCUGCAUCCUGUAUGUCCACUCUAUUUCCUUAAUCCAUUUUUUUUCCUCAAAGCAAAAAAAAAAAAUAUUGACAUUAAUUGCAUUGUUAUGUUGAAAAAACUAUUUUAAGCAAUCCAGUCGACACUUUUUAAAUUAUUAGGACAUUGGAGUAGGCUGAACUAUUUCUCGUCGAGGUUCCGAGGUUGCACUUUUACGACCUGACGACCAUUAACAGAUAAGGUCCUUUAUCCACUAUAAGCAGGGUAUUCAAAUUGUUUUUUGUGUUUUGAACUCAAAUGAUUUUGUUGCUUUGCUGUUUGACUUCAGAAGUCAGGUUGCCUUGCAUGCUAACAGCAAAAUAACCAAAUUUAGUUAGUGAUUGGUUUUUGUUUGUGUGUUUGGUGACUGCAGGCUUUGUGGCUGUGAAACAGUAGGUACUGCAGUGGGUGGAGGGUUGCAGGUUUGUUUCCCGAUGUGCUGCCCAAGAUGUUGUGAAGGUUAAUUGGAUUUUUUUUUUAAAACAAAGAAAACUAAUUUAAUCAACAGAUGGAAAUGCAGAGCCAAUGAAAUGGUGGCUGGUUGGGCUUGUUACUUCCAUCACUGGUAUUUAAAGUCAUUUGUUUCCUUUAAGAUAAAAGUAAGGGCAACAGGAAGUAAAUGGAAAUAACUUAGUAACUUUAGUUCCUUUAUACUUGAUGUUCCUUGCUCAUUCUGGAGAUUUCAGAUAAAAGCAGGACAAGCAGCAUUCCUAAACUUAAUAUAUCUAUAGUGUGAAUGUAAUCUUAAGGACACAUGGGCAUUUAAAUCAGAGCUGGCGAUUCAUAAUUAAAAUUUUUUGUUGGUUGAAUUCUGAUUCAAAACUGAUCACGACACAGAUAUCUCCAUAUCUGCAGAGAGAUACUUAUGUUUACUCAUAUACAACUUUAUCUGCUUCGUCAUUAUUUGUUUUCCUCUAAACGGGAUCACUAUUUAUGAAAGGUGAUGUUUCACCAGACAGAAUAUGAAACUGGUGACGGAGACAAAGAAUACAUUUAAGAACAAUAUAAAUGGAGUGAGCUACACUUCACCUUCUCCUGUGCUCUGGAGUUUUUUGACGUUUAAAUCUGUUUCUUGUGUAAGCGUAAGUCGAAAUGUUCUAAGACAGAGUGUAAACACAAAUAUUUAUGGAACAAACAAAUCUGGUGGAUCUUCUCCAUUUAAGAACAAAUGCUUCUGAAAGCCGCGUUUCCAUCUGAAAAAUAUCUUAUUUGUAGAUUUCUCUGGGAAGUCUUUGACACCAGGUCACAGCCUGUUUCUUUAACUGGUAAGGAACUUUUUUAAAUGUUCUUCCAUUUGAACAGAUUUCACAAUUAUUCUAAUUGGGGCAAAGGAUUGAAACCUGAUCAAAUAAAGCAUAAAAAAUUUAAUUUGUAAAAGGUGUUGGUGACACUUGAAGUCCUACUCCCACCUUGGAACUUUUUGACUUAGCCUUGUAUGGUUAAACUACUUCAGGAAUUUGGGCACAUUACCGUUCUGCCCGUUGUUGUUCUUUCUCCUAUCUAUUAUUAAAUAUCUAGCGAGUGUAUAGGCCAUAGGUGACCUCACUAGUCUGAAAAUGUAAAUGGAACAGUCGAGGGUAAAUGUACAGUACUGUACCUUUGAUGAUGUCGUAAAUUCCAGACACAGUUUUUCUUUCUCGCGCUGCUAAAGACUAAACAGAGUUUUUAUGGUCGCCUCACCAUCGAUGAACCUCGUUGUUGAACCAGCAGUUGUUCUUGUUCUUCCUCUCAGAAGAACGGUGAAACAUGCCGGUCAGACGUCACUGAGUGUUUCUGUGACUUAUCUCUAAAUAUUUAUUUACUCUUUGUGAUAGGAAGUGAUCGAUCUAACAACUCAUGUUCACAGUACUGCAACUACUACUCUCAGUUUGUAGAAGAAUCAAAAACAAAAAAUAAAACCCUCACAUCUUCUGUCUUUUACCAACAUGACAAUAAAGCUGACUGUUUUCAAAUUA